AUGAUUGUCAGCUACACAGAGUAUAGGGCAACACAUGGCUACACAUCCGAAAUUGUUUUGUGGAAUAUAUUGAAGUUUAAGGAAAAGAAAACGAACUCUCAGCUUAAAAACAUAAGCCUGAACCGUAAACAACCGGAGGAUUCCAUCAACAGAAGCUUCCAUGGAAUUGAGGCUAUUGUUAAAGAGGAUCUUGUUAGAAUUGAAGCGUACCUUCUUUUACUCCAAAAUUUGAUAGACAACCUGAAUAAGCCUUGUAAUCAUGACAUCAGCAUUCGUUUCAUUAAAAAUCUCAGGAUACGAUGGAGCAGUGCCUUGAACUUAAAUUGCAAGUCUUCGAAUGGUCUAAGCCUUGCGAGUAUAUUUCAGCGUAAAAAAUCUCCAACAUUCUUCCAAGUUAAUAAUAUGAUGUUUGAGCUUCAUAUGAUACUAUUUAUCUACGCUCUAAAGCUCAGGGAGAAAGCAAUGGUGUUAAUCUCCACAGAUAUGGUUGGAUCCACAAAGGCUUAUAGAGAAGCCGCUGGUGUUUUUGACUAUCUAUGUAAGAUACGUCACCCUGAUUAUUCACCUUGGGUGCCUAUCGAGAAGCUUCCCGAAUUAACAUCCUCGGUUUGCUCCUCUUUGAGUCUCCUCUGUUUAGCAGAAGGACAGGCUGUGACGGCAAGUAAGGCCAAAGAAAAGGGGACGAGUGCAAGUCUACUGGCAAAACUCCAUUACGGUGUCUCGCAAUUUGUUGAUGAAGCUAAUGCUUCUCUCUUAUCAAAAACCAGCAUUCAAGUUAAAGAGCUCUCGUCCUGCUUUUUGGAUUAUGUAUCGACAUUGGGAGCUUUACACGAGCUAAAGAGCGGAAAACACUUAGCGGAAAGCUUGGAAUCAGAAGGGCAAGUAGGGGAAGCCAUCGGGGUCUUGCGCCGUGCAUUGGCCAGAGCGAAAAAGACGACUCAAUUCCGGGAUGACUCGUGGAAAUCGAUCUUCAAUAAAGAGAGAGAGGAAGUGACUACAAUGAUGAAAAAGUACGAAAGAUUAAACAAAUCCAUGAUGCUUCAACGUAUCCCUUUAGAUGCUGAAUUGCCUACUCUUCAAGGUGACAUGAUUGUAAAGCUAAUCCCUUACCUUGCCACCAAAAGAGGGAAAGAACUUAACUUUGAGUUCCCGUAA